UCUUAUCCCAGAUGCACGAUGUCCCGUACACUACUUUCCACUUAAUUGGUCACAGUCUGGGAGCUCACGUGGCUGGUUACGCUGGCAGCCAAUUGAACGGAGCGUUGGGCAGAAUUUCUGGACUGGACCCAGCUGGCCCGUUAUUUGAAGACAGCCAUACCAAAGUACGCCUGGACUCCACCGACGCUCUGUUUGUGGAUGUCAUCCACACUAACGGCGAUAAGUUCAUUGAAGGAGGGCUUGGCACAAUGGUGGAGAUGGGAGACGCUGAUUUUUAUCCCAAUGGUGGAAUGGAACAACCGGGUUGUGCUAGUACCGUUGACAAAUAUUUGAUCGCCUUCUUUAAAGCUGGGUUUACAGGUGUGACGGAAAGUGUGGGUUGUAGUCAUAUGCGAGUCUUGGAUCUCUUCUCGGAGUCUAUCAACUCUCCUUGUCAGUUUACUGCAUACUCGUGUGGUACUGUGGAGGAAUUCAACGCCGGCCUCUGCUCUUCUUGCAACGGACAGAGCUGUUCCAGAAUGGGCUUCCACGCCGACCCAUCUGCUCGCGGCAAAUUCUACCUGGAGACAAACGCCUCGCCGCCAUUUUGUAAAGGAUAGGGAAAAUAAUGCUACAACAUAUAACCUAACUCUACCAUUUCUCUGCAGCCUUUUGUUUCUGUAUAACAAUCCAGUAGUGUGUGGAAAACAUGCGUGUGAACAAUUAGAUCAGACAGAGCAGACUGAGUACACUGACUGUUGGAUAACGUCAUGUAUAUUGAAUAUGGGCAUGUAUAUUGGAUAAGCCCGUUGAGCAGCAAUCAGUAUGACAUAUCCAAAUAUUCCUCAGCGAACAGACAAUGUACUCGGACUGAUUCAACAACAACAACAACAAACACUUUCCUCGACGACACACAUGGUCAUCUAUGAAGAAUUCGUGUUAAGCAUCAAACAUUAAAGUACCGUGUACUUAAUGUACAGAUAUACUGCAUGGCUUCUUGGGGCGAGCUUACCUACACCCGCCCCAUUCCGGCUGUCCCCCACACC